AUGUUCGAUUAUGUGAGCCAAGGCGGCGGGUGUGCUUGCUGUGGAAUCACGCACGCCUUGAUGAACUGGGACAAGUUGCAGGAGUGUUCCGACUGGGACACGGACGAUGAGCAGCGCGAACUCUUUUCGCCGUGGCCGACCUUCAUACACGAAGACGUCCAGACGCAGAGAUGCAUGAUUCGGGCGUCGUUGAAGCACCAGCUCGAGUCGUACGCGUCGUUUCUAGACACGGACGGCGACCCGUUCCAAACAUGGUUUUCAGCGUUGCCUCUCUCCGCCAAGCACCGGGCGUUCCAAGUGCCUGAAAGCGAAUUGCUGCAUUACAUCGGCGCCCAUGACUGCAACAUCCACGGCCCCUACGGCAUCGUCCUGAAAGCCGUCACAGAACAGAUCAAGAACUUCCACGUCACCAAGUACCAAGACGGCCGCCAUCCUGCUGAAGUGUACUUGGAGAAGCAUCUCAAGUUUGCAAAGGGAGCGUUCUCGCUGUCCGACGAGUUUUUGGACGCGCCGGAGUCCUUUCUCGCAUGCUUGCGCUACCUCGGAGGUCCACGAUUGUUUCCUGCUGCGCCUUUAUGCGCCGACAACAACGAGGAUAUCCCGACACCGACCGCCGCGAACGAACAAUUCGUACAGAGCUUUCGGUCGGAUCGCCGUCUUCUGCGCCUCGUGAUCGUGCGGUGCUUCGCCGACAUGCUCCGUCGCAAAUACACGCGUGAAUGUCCGUCCGCUGGUGGCGACGCCCCGUCAGCAACCCAACACGCGUUGUUCGACAACUGCAGCAACAACGACGAGAGCAUCGAACCGCUAAAGUCCACCAACGCCAUCAAAUUCAACGUUCGCAACGCCAGAGUGUUGCAGUAG